CAGUCAGUCAGUGUAAUGUUAGUGUAAUGGUAGCUAUGUAUUUGGAUACAACAAAGUGAAGUGUUCAAGUGUCAGGCAACAAUGUUAAUCAACACCAAUGGAGUAGGAGAUUUGUUUUUCAUUUCAAUUUUAACAAUUUCAUUUCUUCUUUCAUGUGAAACACACGAAAUAAUUAUCCGUCGAGGACACAAUGGAUCAAUACCAUGUUUACCAGUUCAACGGUCAAGUAAAAUUGACAAACUGGAAUGGUGGAAAGAGGAUAAAAAAAUCGCCGAGAUUAAAGAGAGUCGCAUGACUCUUUGGACAGCUGAAGACCUUCAUGUUGCAUUUUUACCUGAAACUGGAGGACUUUAUUUUCGUUCAGCUCAAUACCAAGACGAUGGUGAAUACUCUUGUAUUGUGAAUGAGAAAAAAACAGCAGAUGGCAAUGUCCGUCUCUACAUUCAAGAUGUACCUGAUAUGCCUGGUCAACCAAUUGUCAUGGGAUUCACUUCCAGAUCCAUCAACGUCUCAUGGCCACCAAGUUUAAAUAACCAUAAUAGUCCCAUUUUGUAUUAUAUUGUCCAUGUUAGGGUUGGAGAAAAGGGUGAUUGGGAAUCAAAUAAAGUAAUGACCAUUGGGAAUGAAACCAGUUACCAAUUUACGGGACUUCAACCAUUCACAGUUUACGUAUUUCGGGUGAUUGCUGUAAACGCUUUAGGUCAUAGUAAACCUAGUAAAGAUUCAUUUCCAAUAGUAACUCUUCGUGAAGUACCUGAUGGGACACCAACCAUUCUAGGAUAUGGUAAUGCAACCAGCACAUCAGUUAGUCUUCAAUGGGCACCUCCUCCAAGUGAUACAAUUCAUGGUGAACUACUUGGGUACAAGAUUAUUCUUCACCCAAAAGAUAAACCACAGCUAGAACGGACAAUCAUCCUUCCAGACCCAAAUUUAAGACAACAUACCAUUCGAAAUUUGGAAACCUACAUUCAAUACAAAAUAGCUUUAUUAGUAUUUAACAUUGAAGGUGACGGACCGGCUGCCUACAUAACCGUCAAAACCGAGGAAGGAAUGCCCUCUCCUCCAUCUGAAUUCGAAGCUGAUGAAACUGGUGAUACCUGGGUAAAGUUAAGAUGGAAAGACCCUAAACAGCCAAGAGGAGAAAUACGUGGAUUUGUUUUGUAUAUCCGUGAUUUAGAGUACAAUAAAACAGAUACCAGGCCUGGGAUUCCAAAAAACCUUAAAGAAUAUACCAUCAAAGAUUUAAAGCCUUAUACAAAAUAUAAGAUAUGGAUGAGCGCAUUCACUGCCGCCGGCCACGGAAAUGAAACUCCACCUUUAGAGAUCACAACCGAAGUAAAGGGACCAAGCGCACCCAUCAUAGUAAAUCUAACUUGCUCAUUAGAUAGUCUGUAUCUUCAAUGGGAGAAACCUGUUAAUUAUUAUAAAAGCGUUGAUCAUUAUUUAGUUUAUUAUCGAUCAGAAAAUUCUCGUGAUUUUCAUCAUAUUUCUCUACCCAACCAACUCCAAUACCAAAUAAACAAUCUUACAUCGAAUAUGUUAUAUGAAGUGAAAGUUCAAGGAGCAACAAAUAGUGUACGGAAUUCGAGUCGUCUUAUAACUGGGGAAUUUAGUGAAUCUCGUAAAGUUGUUCUCCAGAGUAAGUGUGAGAGCUACAUAUCUUCUUCACAAAUUGAUGUCCCAUUAAGUGCCGGUGUGAUUGCUGCCGUAAUUUGUGUUUCAUUUGCACUUCUUCUCGCCAUCUUUUCAUUCAUCUUAUGGAGGAAAUACUUCCAAGCAGCAUAUUAUUAUCUUGAUGAUCCACCAAGCCAAACUCGUGGAGGAUCACCCCAAUUAUCCGAAACAUAUGAUGAAUCGGAUUAUGCUUCUAUCCCAGUUGCCUUGUGGCCUAAACAUGUUCAAGACCUUCAUGCUGAUGGUGACAUUGGAUUUUCUCGUGAAUACGAAUCCAUUCAAACUGGAACAGACGCUGAAUUAUCAUGUGAUUAUUCACAAAUGCCCGAAAAUAAAAAUAAAAAUCGAUAUGUUAAUAUAGUUGCAUACGAUCAUACAAGAGUUACUCUUAAAUCAUUAUCUGGCCAAAAGAAAGUUGCCGGUGUCGAUUACAUCAAUGCCAACUACAUUGACGGAUAUUGCAAACCUGCGGCAUAUAUUGGUACUCAAGGUCCUUUACCUUCUACUUUCGAUGAUUACUGGCGAAUGAUUUGGGAACAAAGAGUUUGCAUCAUUGUAAUGAUAACCAAUCUCAUUGAAAGAGGACGUCACCAGUUUAGUUGCUCUUCAGAGUUGGAUGACAGCAGAAAAUGUGAUCUUUAUUGGCCAAAAGAGGGAACUGAAACUCAUGGAAUAAUUCAGGUCAAAAUUCUGCAAGAAGUAGUUAUGGCUACUUAUACACUACGAACAUUUUCCAUCCGUAAUCUUAAAAUGAAAAAGAAACACGGAGCUGAACGAACUGUGUAUCAGUAUCACUACACUAAUUGGCCUGAUCACGGAGUUCCAGAUCAUCCUCUUCCUGUUUUGUCAUUUGUACGAAAGUCAUCGGCCGCAAAUCCACCAAAUGGUGGUCCAAUUAUAGUUCAUUGCAGUGCCGGUGUUGGUCGAACUGGUACUUAUAUUGUCGUUGAUGCGAUGAUGAAGCAAAUUAAACAUCGACAAAGCAUCAAUGUUUACGGGUUCUUGAAGCACAUUCGCCAACAACGAAACUAUCUCGUACAAACAGAAGAGCAAUAUAUUUUCAUUCAUGACGCUUUGUUGGAAGCAAUUGAAAGUGGCGAUACUGAAGUUCCCAGUAGUCAUCUGUCGCGUUAUAUUCAAACUCUUCAAACUGGUGGUGAUGCCAUUUCAAAUGCUAGCUCUGAUAUCAAAGAAAGGCCUUUCCAUUGGCCUCUCCUUGAAAGACAAUACAAACUUGUCACCAGCUUUAGAGCAAAAGAUUUCAACGUUGUUUCAGCAUUGAAACCUUGUAAUAAGGCUAAAAAUAGAUCUCUCAAUUUGAUACCUUUAGAAGCACAUAGAGUUCACAUUACUCCGCGGUCUCCAGGAACUGAUGGCUCUGACUAUGUUAAUGCCACUUUCCUUCUUGGAUUCAACAUGCUGAAAGAAUUUAUAAUCACUCAACAUCCUCUGUAUGAUACUGUGUCCGAUUUUUGGCAAAUGAUCUGGGAUCACAAUGUACAAACUAUUGUUGUACUAACACCUGUAAUUGAUGAGAAAGAAUUUCCACAAUUCUGGCCUGAAAAGGAUGAAGAAUGUGAUUAUGGUAGUUUUAAAGUUAAACUAACUGAAGAAAUUACCACCUCCCGAGAAACAGGAGGAUUUGUAGCUACUAGAGAUUUUAUUAUGCAAUCAACUCAAGAUGAUUACGAGUUAAUAUGUCGUAUUGUGCACUGUCCCGGUUGGCCUGAGACAUGUGGACCAUUAAAUAGUGUUUUUGAUCUCAUCAAAAUGGUCCAGCAAUGGCAUCUUGAAUACCAAAACGGUCCGAUAGUAGUCAUGGAUCGUUAUGGAGGAACAGAAGCAGCAACAUUCAGCUGUUUAACAACUCUAUAUAAACAAUUAAACUUUGAAGAUUGUGUCGAUGUUUAUAUGUAUGCUAAACUUUAUCAUUUAAGAAGGCCAGGUAUUUGGAGAUGCCAGGACGAUUACUUGUUCCUUUAUCGCGCAAUAGAAAGUCUAGUUUCCACAAUGAAUCUCGCCGAGGGAAUGGAUACAUCACCAUACGGGAGUCAAUUAAACAUGACUAAUGGACAUCUUAAUUCUAAUUCCAAUGGUCAUAUAAUCAAAAUAAAUUUAUCCACUGAACAUAGUGUUAAAAGCGAGUCAUUGGCUUGAAAGACAAGUCAAGUAAUUUUAUUGAAAAAAAACGCAAAUUUGAUCCUCUAUUCAUCUUGAUUCUUGCUCAUCAUCAUGAUCAUUUAAAUCUUCAUCAUCUAAACAAAUUGUCAUUUCUUACCUUCACAACUCAAUGAAACUCAUCGUUUAUAAAUCUCAUCGCCAUCAUCAUCAUCAUCGCCAACAAUUUCACCGUUACCUGUUAAAUAUCACAACACUUAAGCCACUAAAUUUAUUUAAACGUAAACCUGGCAAUGGAAAUCAACUUCACCCAGCCGCUUCCAAUCAAACAGGACAAUUGAAUAAAUUUAAAUUGUGAAACAUCUUUUCAGAGCCAUGGUUUAAAUUGUUUUUUAUCUUUCUUUCUUCAUUUUGUAAAUCUUGAUAGACAUUUAAGUGAAACUUCAUCGCAAACAAAAUCUUUUUUCUCGACGAUCUCAUCUCAUUGCCAUUGACUUUGAGAAUUAAUUAUUUACUUUCACCGUCUGCGUUUCUCUUCACUCAUCUUAAUCAUUGAAACAUCUUCAUCUUUCGUACAAAAUGUCUUUAUCUUCCACUUUUUGUUUUUUUUCUUAUUUUUCACCUUUAUUCUUUGUUAAAUCGUUUCUUAAAUCAUUCAUAGUCUGCCAUUCAUUGUCUUCACUUCCACCGAUAAAACUAAAAAUUCAUGCUCAUUCUUGUUUCAUCCAAAUCAUUUUGUUCUUGUUUCUCUUUUUUUUCUAUCUUCCUUAUCCUUAUCAAAGUCCUUAAAACAAAUUAUAAUGAAUCAAAUGAAAAAAUUAAAAUAAAAUGAAAUACAAUAAAUUCAAGCAUAAUAGGUAAUGUAUAACUUGCAGCAAAUAAAUUGUCUUCUCGAUUAUUGAAAGACAUAAAUUGUAUUAUUGCUCAACCAAAAGUAGAGAUUAAAUAAAAGAUUUUAUUU